CAAAAUACGCAUUUUUAACGCGGGGGACAAACAAACCCAUCAUCACCUAUUUCUCUUUCAUCUUUUUUUCUAGAUUCUCUCAACAGCAUUCUUAAAAAUCUCACACUUUUUGACUCUUUUCCUGUAUACUUGAAUUCAUCAACACUUUUUUUUUUUGCUCACUUUCAGUUCUGUUCUGUUUUGGUUUUAUACAGAACUGUAGGUUUCUGGUUGGGAGAAAUGUAGUUGAACUAAAAGAAAGAGAGAGUUUAAAACUUAAUUUGCUGCUGAUGUAAGCUAAUAGAGAGUUUAUUUUCACUAUUUAUGAGUUCAAUCACUAAUUUUAUUGAGCUACCCUUUGAUUUAAUUGUGGUGAUAGUUGUUAGAUCACUAAUUUUAUUGAGAGAGUUUAAUUUAAAUAUUUCUGAGUUCAAUUGUGUGAGAUCACUAAUUUUAUUGAGCCACCCUUGAGAGUUAAAAGUUCUGGUGAUAACUGUGUUAUGAUCACUAAUUUUAUAGAGAGAGUUUAUUUUCACUAUUUCUGUGUGGAAUUUCGUUGUUUUCAGAAUAAUUUUUGUUUCUGCUUUUGGGGUUAAUUCAUUUUACAGCCUUUUAGGGGUCAUUUUUUCACCUUUAAUUUGUGAGAUAGAGCUUUUUUGUCAAUGGAGGCUCGCAAAUUUCAUGUUCCAGUUGUGUCAAAUUUGGAGGUAGGAGGAAAAAAGAGUAGAGAGUGGGAUUCAAAUGGUUGGAAAUGGGAUGGAGAUCGAUUUAUUGCUGAACAAGUGAAUUCUUUGCCAUCAGAUUGUUGUAGAAGCAAACAAUUGUUUCCUACAGAGAUUCCAGAAACUUCUAGAAUCUCAAAUGGUUUUUCAUCUGGUAAUUCAGAUGAAUUAACAUUAGGAAAUGAUAAAGGGAGAAAAGACUUGGAGAAAAGGAGGCGAACGAUUGUAAUUGAAGAUGAAAAUGAGAAGAAUGAUGGUGAAGCUGUUGCAUCACUUAAUUUGAAGCUUGGUGAACAGUUAUAUCCUGUUGUGGAAGGGAAGAGGGGUAAGAAGACGAAAAUUGGUGGGGUUUCUUCGUCGAAUUAUCGUGCAUUUUGUCAAGUGCAGGAUUGUCAAGCAGAUUUGAGCAGUGCUAAAGAUUAUCAUCGACGACAUAAAGUGUGUGAUGUUCAUUCUAAAGCAGUGAACGCUUUGGUGGGGAAUGUUAUGCAGCGUUUUUGUCAGCAGUGCAGUAGGUUUCAUGUUCUAGAAGAGUUUGAUGAGGGAAAGCGGAGCUGUCGUAGGCGUUUAGCUGGUCAUAACAGACGAAGAAGAAAAACACAUCCAGAAAAUGUAGCUAAUGGAGCCUCCUCCAUGAAUGAUGAGGGGGGUAGUAACUACUUAUUAAUUAGUCUGCUGAGGAUACUCGCCAAUGUACAGUUCAAUAGCUCAGAUCAAACUAAAGACCAGGAUCUAUUGUCACAUCUUUUGAGAAACUUAGCCAGUCUGGCUGGUGCAAAUAAUGAGAGGAACGCGUGGGGCUUGUUGCCUGUACCUUCAAAUGAUCAGCAGAAUACAGGCACAUCUAUGGAGGCUCCAAAAGAGGACUCUCUUAGACCUAAUGGGAAUUGUUCGACUAUACCGGCAUCAGAAGUGACAGAGAAGAGAACGAGCACGAGUAAUGCUGAACGUGGGAUUUCACAAAACCCUUGUGCGUCGCAGCCUGAUUCUACACCUAUCAAUGCAAAUGGAUCAGCUACCACACCUGCACCGUUGAAGCUAAAUAUUGAUUUGAAUAAUAACAUCUAUGAUGAUUCUCAAGGUGGCAAUCAGAUGCUGCAGAAUUCUGGUGCCUUUGCAAACCCAGGGGGGACUGCAUCUUCUGGCUGUCCUCUAUGGAUAAGUCACGACCCUCACAAGGAAAGCUCCACAAGGACAAGUUGGAACUCAGGAUCCACCUCAUCCCUUUCACCAUCUAGUUCAAGUGGAGAGGCUCAGAGUCGAACGGAUCGUAUUGUCUUUAAACUCUUUGGGAAAGAUCCCGGUGAAUUUCCUACAGCCUUGCGGAAACAGAUUCUUGAUUGGUUAUCACACAGUCCUACAGAUAUUGAAAGCUACAUUAGACCUGGUUGUAUUAUACUAACAAUAUAUCUUCGGAUGGAUAAAUCCAUAUGGGAGGAGCUUUAUUGUGAUCUUAACUCUAGUUUGAGGAAGCUUCUUAAUGCAUCCGCUGAUUCAUUUUGGCGAACUGGAUGGAUUUAUACUAGGGUGAAUGAUCGAGUGGCGUUUUUGUUUAAUGGGCAGGUUGUUCUGGACACUCCCUUGCCAGUUAGAAGCCAUAGAAUAUCAAUCGUCAAACCUAUUGCAGUUUGUGCCUCCGAAAGAGUUCAAUUUUUAGUGAAAGGCUUUAACCUAUCUCGUCCCACUACAAGGUUACUAUGUGCCUUGGAAGGGAAAUACCUUGUUCAGGGAAAUUGUACUGAUAUGAUGGUAGGAGCUGAUUCUUGUAUGGACCAUGAAGAGAUCCAGUCUCUUAGCUUUCCUUGUAUUGUGCCAAAUGUUACUGGCAGAGGGUUCAUUGAGGUUGAGGACCAUGGUCUUAGCAGCAACUUCUUCCCAUUUAUAGUUGCAGAGAAAGAUGUUUGUUCUGAGAUUCGUACAUUGGAGAGCAUUAUUGAAGUUGCUGAAGAACUGCAAGCCAGAGAUCAAGCUCUGGACUUUUUACAUGAACUGGGUUGGCUGCUUCAUAGAAGUCAUUUGAAAUUUAGACUGGGUUCUGGUGCCAACUUGAAUCUAUAUCCUUUUCAGAGAUUCAAGUGGCUUAUAGAUUUCUCAGUUGACCAUGACUGGUGUGCCGUAGUAAAGAAACUGUUAGAUGUUUUCUUCGAUGGCAUUGUAGAUGUAGGACAACAACAAUCAUCACUUGAUGUUCCUUUGCGGGAGGUUGGCCUCCUUCAUCGAGCUGUGAGGAGAAAGUGCAGAUCCAUGAUAGAUGUCCUCUUGAAAUACCAUCAUCGUGGAGCUUUUGACAAAUCAGGACUACAAAAGCAACAAGAUGAUCGUGGCUAUUUAUUUAGACCUGAUGCAGUGGGUCCUGGCGGUUUGACUCCACUUCAUGUUGUUGCUAGUCUUGCUGGCUUUGAGAAUCUUUUGGAUGCAUUAAUUGAUGAUCCAGGACAGGUGGGAAUUGAAGCUUGGAAAAGUGCCCGUGACAGUACUGGACUGACACCUAAUGAUUACGCAUGCCUACGAGGCCAUUACUCGUACGUCCAUAUGGUACAGAAGAAAAUUAAUCAGAAACCAGGUGACGGGCAUGUUGUUCUCGAUAUCUCUGGUUCUUUAUUAGAUAGCAAUCUCAAGCAGAAACUAUCAGAUGGUCCUAGGUCGAUAAAAGUAGCAAGCUUACAAAUGGAGAAGUUUUUAGGGAAACCAAAAUGCAGACAGUGCAAGCAAAAAUUGUCUUAUGGAAACUCAGGAACAUCACUUGCAAUAUACAAACCGGCAGUGCUUUCAAUGGUUGCAAUUGCUACUGUAUGUGUUUGUGUAGCUUUGCUAUUCAAAAGUUCACCGGAGGUUCUUUAUUCAUUCAGACCCUUCAGGUGGGAGCUGUUGAAGUAUGGCUCCAUCUAAAGUAGGUAUAGCUUACUGUCAUGGUUUUAGAAGAGAAUAUAGGAAUGACAUGACUUGUUUCCUCUUCUGAAUAUAUAUGCCACGAUAUAAUUAGAGAGCUCCAACUCUAUAUGUUUGUUUUCACUAAUUCAUCAUCAAAUACCUGAGAAGCUCUAACUGUAAAUAAGAAAGUUAUUCAUUUUA